UGAUGCUAGAGGUUGUGAUGGGAGGGGGUUUCAUCAUGGCUGACAUCAAUGAAACAGAGAAACGUUAUUUGUCAGCAGCAGCAACAGAAGCGCUACAGGAAGCAGAGAGACGACCACAGACUGCUGCACACACACACGUACGACAGCAAUGACUUCCUAAAUUCAGAUUUCACCAGUACCAAAAUACAUUAAAAGUGCCAGGACUGAACCCGGGACAGUGUAUGAUGGAGAAACAGCAAUACUCGUCUGGACCAGACAGUGCGGUGCCGCCGCCGUUGCCCAGAAAACCGCGAACCCUUGCAGCAGGAAACAUUACAUUUCGACAGGACAGCGUCGAUUCAUUAGAGAGCCCUGGAUCUCAUGUUGAAUGGUGCAAACAGCUGAUAGCAGCCACUAUCUCGAGCCAGAUCUCCAGCCCGAUGGCUCCAGAUGCAGUAAAUCGUGAAUCCAGGAUUGGGAAGAAGAUAGAUUUCAGGUCUCAAGACUCUGAUGAAGAACAUGGCUAUCAGUGUGACAGUCUGAGCUCUGAGCUGCCCUUUCACCCUCCGCAGGUAUUCAGAGAUGUACGAAGGCCUGUGCCUGAUGAUGAAGUCCCGUUGGUCCCUGGAGAAACAAUCAAAACCACUGUUAAAGAUGUGAUGUACAUCUGUCCUUUCACUGGAGCUGUGACAGGCACAUUGACAGUCACAGACUACAAACUCAACUUCAUCAGUUUAGAAAGGGAAAUUCCUUUCGUGCUGGAUGUGAACCUCUGUGCCAUAAGCAGACUGGAGACUAUCAGCGUACAGAGUCAUGGAGAAAAUACUACUGGCAUGGAGAUCGUCUGUAAGGAUAUGAGAAGCCUCAGGUUUGCCUAUAAAAAGGAUGAGGAGAGUAAGCAGGAGAUUUUGGAGACUUUGACCAAGUUUGCUUUCCCCUUGUCCAAUGAACUGCCUCUCUUUGCCUUCCAAUACAAGGAAGAGUUUCCAGUGGACGGAUGGAAGGUUUAUGAUCCGGUGACGGAGUACAAAAGAAUGGGUUUGCCAACUGAGAGCUGGACAGUCCGUAAGAUCAACAGUAAUUAUGAAGUGUGUGACACUUAUCCUGCCUUACUUGUUACUCCUAAAAGCAUUGAAGAUGAUGAGAUCAAACGAGUGGCGUCUUUCAGAGCCAAACAUCGCAUUCCGGUCCUCUCCUGGAUCCACCCAGAAACUCAGGCCACUAUAGUGCGCUGUAGUCAACCUUUAGUGGGACCCAAUGAUCGUCGGUGUAAGGAAGAUGAGCAUUACCUUCAAACCAUCAUGGAUGCCAAUGCACAGUCCCAUAAACUCACCAUAUUUGAUGCUCGGCAAAACACUGUAGCUGAUAAUCAUAAGGCUAAAGAUGGAGGUUAUGAGAAUGAGAAUUUCUAUCUCAACAUGGAGCUAAAUUUCCUGGAGAUCCCAAACAUUCAUGUGAUAAGAGAGUCUCUGCGUAAGCUGAAAGAGGUGGUUUACCCCACCAUCGACGAUCAACACUGGCAUUCAUCCAUAGAUGCAACACACUGGCUGGAGUACAUUCGAGUUUUGCUUGCGGGUGCAGUACGGAUUGCAGAUAAGGUGGAGUCGAAUAAGAGCUCUGUGGUGGUUCACUGCAGUGACGGCUGGGACCGUACGGCUCAGCUCACCUCUCUGUCCAUGCUGAUGCUGGACUCUUACUACAGAUCUCUCCGGGGCUUCCAGGUGCUGCUGGAGAAGGAAUGGAUCAGCUUCGGACACAAAUUCGCUUCGCGUGUUGGUCAUGGAGAUGAAAAUCAUGCAAACUCUGAGCGUUCCCCUUUGUUUGUGCAGUUUAUUGACUGUGUUUGGCAAAUGAUGAGACAGUUUCCUUCUGCCUUUGAAUUCAAUGAGCUCUUCCUCAUCACCAUUCUGGACCACCUCUACAGCUGCCUGUUCGGGACAUUUCUCUACAACAGUGAACAGGAGAGAGUAGAAAAGGAAGUGAAUCGUAAGACGGUGUCUCUGUGGUCUUACAUCAAUAGUCAGCCAGAAGACUUUACAAACCCAUUUUAUGUAGACUAUGAAAACCACGUGCUAUACCCUUCAGGAAGUCUAAGGCAUUUGGAGCUGUGGGUUGGAUAUUACGUGCGCUGGAACCCCCGCAUGAGAUCACAGGUGCCUGUACACCAGAAUCUAAAGGAGCUGCUGUAUUUGCGUACGGAGCUUCAGAAGAGGGUAGAUGAACUUCAAAAAGAAGUCUCUUCAUCAAACUCGGUCUCCUCCUCAUCAGAUCAUGCAUAUUCUCCCUCGCAUGGCGGAACGCCCCUACACACCUCUGCUUAAAAUACAUGAAAGGUUAAAUCACUGGUAAUGUGACAUCUAUUUGUUCAUUUAUUUUCUACUGAAUAAUGGAUAGGGCAGAAUGUAGAAAGGCCCAGCACUUAAACACUCAGGCAAAAACUUGCAUGAAUACAAAAGUGGACAGUCUUCCACAAAAUUCAUUACAGUUUGUGUAAAAAUGCUUUUAUAGACAUACUUUUGAACAGAUCCUCGUUUUAAUUUAAGUUAUAAAAAUAGCCCAAUGUUUUAACAUGUUAAACUUUUUUUGAAAAUAUGCUCAUUUUCCAGCUCCCCUAGAGUUAAACAUUU